ACGUAUGUGUUGGGUGUGCGUGCAUGAACAUUUUUUCGGCACUGUGUGUGCGUACUAUGAAUAGGACUGGAUGAAAACAAACCAAAACCGAAACCGCGACACGACGGCGCCAUCAUCGCACACACAGAGAGAGAGACAGUGCCGGACAGUCCGUCAGUGUGGAACAGGAUCGCAAAACCGCACCCUCUGGUCUGGUCGGGUCAUGUGGGGUGCACAGCGUGUGGAAGGAUUCGAUGAGCCACCACAGCAAUAUCCUGCCUAUGGUUACACCGAUUGCUACCACUGGAACGGUGCCCGUUGGGUUCAGGCAGCCGAAGGUGUCAUUCCACCCCUAGCCGUCGUUGGCGGGUACGAAGUAGGUGAAACGACCUACAUCGGUCGAGCGAAGCAUCACAAAGCGAUCGUCCCGGGCCGGGUGAUUCCAUCGAAGAGGGCUUGCAUGAUCGGUUCCGACGGCGGAGAGCACGCCAAGCACGACUAUCAGGUGCUGUGCGAUUUCGAAGGAAAAUUCGUACAGACCUGUGGUGGGUAUGUGCCGAUCGGGUCGGUGCCGGCCGGUGUCACCAAGAACGGAAAACCGAUGUACAUCGGGUUGGUAAGGCUGGGCCAGACGCUGGUGGUUGGUAAAAUUGUGCCGGAAGAUUUUUGCUGCUACGCGGUGGUGGAUGGUUACGAGAAAAUGUUCAAAGAGUACGAAAUAUUUGUGUCCUUGGCGGAAUAUCCGCAUCGAUCGUAAAUGAUGCUCUCUCGCUAGCUAGCACAACGUUUGAAGCUAAAUGAGAUUUAACCACUAUUUAGUAUAGUUAAAACGUGGCUUACAUUUAAAUUGUGCCUGUUUUUUGAGGAAGGAACUCAAAAGCUUAUAACAAAGAAUUUUUGUACCAAAAUCCGUCUCAGGUCGCCAGUGUAUUCAAUCUCGACACAGAACUUAUCUUAAGGACGCACGCUUUUUUAUAACCGUUGGUGGUGUGCGUAAAUCAACGCAACAAAAUACGCAAACUUUCCCAUGCUAAAUUAAGUGCCUCAGCAGCAGCAACAUUCAUUUUUCGGACAUGUGUGUGUAUGCGUGAAAUAAUUUUCGCCAAAUAAUAUUGAAGGGAAGAGUACACUAAAUUUGCGCCCAGAUAAGCGGAACACCCAUCGGUUGUUGUUGUGGCGUGCGUUAAGUUAGGCGUAGGAAAGGGUCCUAGUGCCCUAAAUAUAAACAAAAAGAAAGUGAAGUGCUGCAAAUAAUAAGGCAAAGUUCCCAAAAAAACACACACAACAAACGAUGAAUAAUCAGCAGUGGACGUUUCACGUUACCGACAACCUGCCUUCGCCCGGGUACAACGAAAGCCACCACUGGGACAGUGCGCGCUGGGUACAGGCGGCCGAAGGAUUGGUCCCACCGGAUGCCGUCGUCGGUGGGUUCGAAGGCGAACCAACGUUCAUCGGCCGGGCCAAGCAUCGUGGAUCGAUCGUACCCGGCCGGGUCGUUCCGUCCAAGGGUGGCUGUUUCGUCGUGUGGGGUGGCCAAGAGCAUAAGAAGCAAGAUUAUCAGGUGCUGUGCGGGUACGAAGGAAUGUUCGUACGCAUUCACAACGGUUACAUCCCGCCCGUUGCACUGCGGGCCGGUGUAACGGAGUAUGGCACACCGCUCUACAUCGGACUGAUACGCUUUGGUUUGAACUCUCUCGUCGGCAAAGUGCAGCCGGAACACUCAUGCUGCUACGUUGCGAUCGACGGUAUGGAGCGAUCGUUUCCCCAGUACGAUAUUUAUGUUUCCGUGGCCGGACAAAACGGACGAUUGGAUUCGCCGUGAAAAACAACCGGUGUUAAACUGCUUAAACGUGUACUACCUCCUCUAAGCGAAUGGAAUAAAUUGUUCAACCCUUUUGUGCAAUCGGA